AUGAGAGGCCCGAGGAGGGUGGCGGCCAUCCUGGCCAUCGUCCUGGCGGCGGCGCUCGCUACGGCGGCCCGCGCCCAGCAGUGUGGCUCGCAGGCCGGCGGCGCGACGUGCCCGAACUGCCUCUGCUGCAGCCGCUUCGGUUACUGUGGCAGCACCUCCGACUACUGCGGAGCCGGCUGCCAGAGCCAGUGCAGCGGCUGCGGCCCCACUCCUCCUGGACCCAGCCCUGGCGGGGGCGUGUCGUCCAUCAUCUCUCAGGGUGGACACGGUCCGGGCCGGGACAUCUUCCAGCAGUUCCUGCUCCACAGCAACCAAUGCACAGAUGCCGGCGGGUUCUACACGUACGACGCAUUCCUGGCCGCGGCCGCCGCGUUCCCGGCCUUCGGCACCACGGGGAGCACCGAGACGCGGAAGCAGGAGGUGGCAGCCUUCUUCGGGCAGACCUCCCACGAGACCACCGGCGGGUGGGCCACCGCACCCGACGGCCCCUACUCCUGGGGAUAUUGCUACAAGCGGGAGCUGGGCUCACCGCCCGACUACUGCCAGCCAUCGUCGGAGUGGCCGUGCGCGCAAGGAAGGCAGUACUACGGCCGCGGCCCCAUCAUGCUCUCCUGGAACUACAACUACGGCCCCGCGGGGCGCGCCAUUGGCGUGGACCUGCUCAACAACCCGGACCUGGUGGCGACCGAUGCCACGGUGUCGUUCGAGACGGCGUUGUGGUUCUGGAUGACGCCGCAAGCGAACAAGCCGUCAUCCCACACCGUGAUCACGGGCCAGUGGACGCCAACGGCUGCCGACAACGCGGCGGGAAGGGUGUCUGGCUAUGGCGUCAUCACCAACAUCAUCAACGGCGGGCUCGAGUGCGGCAGGGGGCAGGACAGCCGUGUUGCCGACCGGAUCGGGUUCUACCAGCGCUACUGCAACAUCCUUGGCGUCGGCUGCGGAAGCAACCUCGACUGCUACAACCAGAGGCCCUUCGUUGAAGGGCUUUUGAUCCAGCAAGUAACGCAGUAA